AAGUUUGCCCCUAUAUAAACCACCGCUCAAACCGUUUCAACCCCCAUACAACUGGAGCGCUCGUAGGCUGCACAUCAUCUCAGACUUAACUCCGGCUCAACUCGCCACUCAAACUCGCGUCAAGCUAAUCGACCAGUAAACCCGAUAUCAAUUUUUUGGGAAACCCAAAAAGCACGAGGUCCAUCCCAGAAGUAAGGAGAAUUGCUGAAAUGUUCAAAUUUUCGGGAAUGAGUCUAAGCCUAGCUGCAUUCGUUCUUUGUCUGAGCUCUAUGACGUCGGUGAUGGCGGACAGUAAUGACGAGUACUACUACAACUCUCUUUAUAGAGACGGAGAAGGCUACAAUGACAAAAACGUGCGCAAUCUGGAUGGUAUCGGUGGAGGAAACCUCCUGAGAGACCUGAGCAUGCUGAGGAACAAGGCUUCCCUGUAUGCCAGACAACAGCGCAAUACUCACAACCUUGACUCACUCUCUGGAAUGGUCCUGGGACAGAACAAGCGGGACAUGUUGUCUGGAGCCUUCUUGGGUGAUAGCAGGAGCUUCUACAACCCAGCUGAGAAGCGAAACAUGGAUGAGAUGGACCGCAGUGGCUUCAGCAGCUUCAUCAAGAAGAAGAACUUUGAUGAAUUGGAUCGCGCUGGAUUCGACAGCUUCAUCAAGCGCAACUUUGACGAAAUGGACCGUGCUGGCUUCAACAGCUUUGUCAAGCGUGACUUGUCACAGAACCAGCAAAAGUCCACUACUCAGCAGUCUGGGUUGCAUCUGCCCUCCUCAGAUCAUAACUAAUUUUUUGUCUAAACCCUGUUUUUCUACUUAAUUUAAACUAUUUAGUGAUAAGCGCUCACACUUAACAUCAGAAUGUUCAACUUGUCCCAGAACCAGCAAGUAUUACAUACUCAGCAGUUGAGAUUGCACCUGUUGUUCUUGAAUAGAUUGUAACAGAAUCCUAGCUUCGUCAAACCUGGUUUGAACUUCUCAUUUUGAAUAUGAUCUGACCGUUGUCCUGGAACCAGCAAGAAUUACCAACUAAUCAAUUGAAAUUGCACAUUUUAUUAUUGAAUAGGAUAUAAGAGAAAUCUAGUUUUGUCAAAACCUGUUUAAUCACCUCAUUUAGGAUAUUUAGCAAUAAGUGCUCAUACCUAACAUAUGAGGAAAUUCAAUUUGUCCUAGAAACAGCGAAGCUAUCUACCAAAUAUAAAUAUAAUUCAAAAAUCUAAGGAGCAUUAACUUUCCACAUCAUGUAUGAUUCAAGAACUUAGCUUUUUUUUAAACGCAGGAUAACCCUUGAUCCGUUCCUCCAAUUUAAUAUACUGAGAAUCACUAGUAUUCAAUCAAUAAUACAUACUCUCAUAUUAAUAAUAUCAACUCAUAUUGGAAACUUGGAGGACUAUCAAAUAUGUUUCAGAUUUCCAAGUUGGCUCAACUCUCAAGGUCUUUUUAACCUUCACAUUAUACGGGAGACAUACCCGGUUCAUUUUUCUCCAAAGCUUUAAACACUGUCCAUAUUCCAGGAUAUCAUUUGAUUGAUACCAACAUAUCAGGACAAAGGUAGCGUACCACUUCUAUUCAAGUAGGCUACUUACUUUGGUACAUAGGCUACACUGGAUACAGGAUUCACUGAUUUUCAUAUCAUCCAAAAAAGCCUCUCUGACAUCUAGAUUUUUAGUUAUUUUUUCAUCAUUCGAAUUCAAAAACUAUUUUGAAUGUCAAAGUAUUUCUGUAUUUCUCAAAAGUAGUUUUCCACGUCAGCAGUGAAUAUUAAUUUAAAAAAUCUGUACUACUGUAGCAUACAUUUGAGAAAAACGGUGUUUUUGAUCAUAAGCUCAAUGUUAAAAGAUUUAUUGAAAAUCCAACACUUAAAUAGCUUAGAAAUUACACAACCCAAGAUCACAUUCAUGAUGUUAAUAAAUUUGAAAUAUUGAUAAGGGUGAGAGGAUGGCUAAACAGAACUGGUGGAAUUUGAAAUAUUGUUAUUCAUUUGAUAAUUGUGUUGAUUUUUAUUGUUUUGGCUGAAUAAUAUUUUGAAUGUUUCAUAAAGAUAAGAGAUUCAUAUCUUGAGUUGUCCUAUCAUGGAGUUUUUUCCUCUUAAUCGAAUAAUCCGUCACAAAUUUAGCCCACACUUCGCAAUAAUAUAUAUUGUACAAUAUUAUUAAUCCAAUGUAUAGAAAAGUAGAAGAGCUCAUUGUUACCAUACAUUGUUCCUCUACAUUGAACCCCAAGUAUAGACUAAACUAGAGCUUAUUCUAAUCCAGGUUUAGCUUCUUUAACAAUAAGCUUCUUAACUUUCUCUCCUAUUGCUCUUAUUUUCCACACAAUAAUCGAGUAGCAAAGCAAUAUUGUGGUUAUAAAUAUGGGAGAUUAGUUCAAUUUCUAUAUUUAAAUGUUCUUAUAAUUCCUUGUACUAAGUGGAAGACUGGAAAUCCAGAAAUGGAAUUAAAGAAAGGAAAUAUCCCUUAAGAUAUUAUUUUCCAAUAUCAAGAACAGUAAUGAAUUGGAGACAGGUUCAUAUUGAAUUGAGAGAAUACAGUCAUGUGAAUGCAAUGAUUGAAUAAGAUAUUCAUAUUUGAAUACAAUUAUUUACAAAAAAUAGUCUCAUUAAAUUUGAAUCAUACAGAUAACCCCUAUUUCACUAUUUUUGUCUCAAGAAUACUAUAUUGUCAAGAGUUUAUGAAUAAUUCGAGUUUCUAGUGGACCAAAGAAAUGCAUCUUAUUUUUGUAUUGAAGAGGAAAUAUAACUUAUCAUUUAGGAUACAGAAAGAACAACCAUAUCAUGUACAGCGACUUAUAAGCAUUUGGAAUGGUCCUUGGUGAAAUAUAAAAAUCCCAUAUUAUAGUGAAAUACUUAUUUCCUAUGUAAAAUGUAUGUGAAAGUAUAUCUUGGAUCGUAAAUGAUGAUAUAAAAAUCAAACCUAUGCAAUUAUUCAUUUAAGCUUGAGAGAGAAUCUCGGAAAUGAAUCUCAAUAUAUUAAUAGUAACAUGGAUGAUAAUCAGUACCCUAUCUUGAAAUACCUUUGAUGUUGAUAACUUGACUUUUAUUGUGUUUAGAAAUUCAUGAAUCAAAAAUGUUUUUAUUUUUUUGUAACUCAUUAUAGAGCUGAUGGAGAAACUAUCCUAAUCAACUAUUCCAAGAAAGAAGUUUCAUUCCAUACCCAUUCCAAGAUAAUUUUUAAUAAUUCUUCAAGAUUAUUUAUAUAACUGUCAUCUUGGUAUAGUCUUUCUACUAAUUUUUUUGUGUAUAUUUGAUUGAUUCCCAGUAAUAAUGAUUGAUUUGUGUAUGUGAGGAAUAUUUUCCACUAUUUUUGAUUGAUGUUUGAAUUUUUAUAGUUUAACUUUGAAAGGAAUAAAGAUGGUUCGCAAUCUUGA